AUGUGGCCACCUUCACAAGAGACCAUCUCUUCUACCAAAGCCGCCCUCUCCGUCGCUCCCUCUCUUGCUGCCACGGCAGUUCUCCUCCGGUCGAUCGCCACCGACCUAAUCCCGGAAUCCCUCUACAAUGGUGUCCAGUCCAAUCUUUACAAGGUAAGCAACCAUCUCUCCUCCAAACUCACCAUCAUCAUUGAAGAACAUAAUGGCCUCGCUGGGAACCAAAUGUUCGCGGCCGCAAACGUUUACUUGGGGUCCAAGUUAUCCCCUCCAAUGAAAAAAUUAAAGGUUUACAAGCCCCAAAAGGAAGAGAAUUUACAAGUUUGCAUGGACAAGGAUCAAGAGUUAUGUGAUUACUACAAAAAUGUGAAACUCAAGUGGGUGCUUGUUUCUAUGAUCAACAACAAUGUUAGUAGUAACAACCUUAACAAAAAGCGUGAUCAUAGUGUUUCCUAUGAAGUUCGUUACUUUGAAGUAACAUUUCACAAGAAACAUUUGGACAUGGUUUUGGGUUCUUACUUUCCUUACAUUCUUCAAAAGGCUAAGGACAUUGAAGAAGAGAAGAAGACGGUGAAGCUUCACACCAUUGAUUAUAAUGGAACAGAUUAUUGGAACUCUAUUGUUCUUAAUCACCCUUCAACUUUUGAUUCUAUAGCAAUGGAGCCAGAGAUAAAAGGAAUCUUGUUGGAAGAUUUGAACUUGUUUUUGGGGAGGAAAGAAUAUUAUAAGAGAGUUGGGAAGGCUUGGAAAAGAGGGUACCUUUUGUACGGACCACCAGGAACUGGGAAAUCAAGCUUGAUAGCUGCCAUGGCUAACUAUCUAAGGUUUGAUAUAUAUGACUUGGAUUUGAAAGAAGUGCAAUGCAAUUCAGAUCUUAGGAGGUUAUUGAUUGGGACAGGAAGCAAGUCAAUUUUGGUCAUUGAAGACAUUGAUUGCUCUGUUCAAUUGCACAAUAGGGAAGAUGCUCAUGGAACCAAUGAUGAUGAUAAGGUUACUCUGUCGGGGCUACUAAAUUUCAUUGAUGGAUUGUGGUCAAGUUGUGGAGAAGAAAGAAUAGUGAUAUGCACAACAAAUCACAAAGAACGUCUUGACCCUGCAUUGUUGAGACCUGGUAGAAUGGACUUGCACAUUCACAUGUCAUAUUGCUCUUUCACUGCUUUCAAGACACUGGCUUCUAACUACCUAAGAAUUCAUAACAAUCAUCAUCCUAUGUUUGAUGACAUACAAGGUUUGUUGGACAAGGUUAAUGCAACACCUGCUGAGGUUGCAGGAGAGUUGAUGAAGAGUGAAAAUGUAGAUAUUGCACUCAAAGGCCUCAUCAACUUCCUCCAAAGCAAGCACAAAACUUCCAAGUAAUUAUAGUUACUAAACUCAAACCUGUGAUUACCUCAGGAAAGUUAACAUGUUAUUGAUAAAGCAAAACAAUGGCUAUAG